CACAAACCUAGAACGAUGUCAAACUACUUUCAAUAUGAAAUAGAGUGUAAACUCGAAGACUUCGUUUCUACAAAUUCCUCGUUGACCGUUUUGUUACAAGAAUCGGAGCCAAAGUCGUCGACCACACAAUAUAUUCUAGAAAGGAUGGAAUCAUCUGUAACUGACCGUCAGGAUUACUCGACAGCUGUCGGAGAAACUAAAAAUGGGAUUUACGAAGAAGAAACGACCAAAUGUAAUGACAUACCUGACGGUCAAGUUGCUGUUGUCGAAAUUUCUGGAACCCCAUCACAGUCUACAGAUCAGUUGGAAGCUUUAGCUAGUGAACAUGUGGCCUACUCGGAUGACACAGAAGACAUCACGGAUGAGAACUCGCUCGACGUGUUGGACAACUUUGCUUCGGACGGAGAAGAGACGGAAGUGACCGGAAGUCUUCCUGAUAUCCUUGACAACAUCAUCGAAACUAGUUAUCUCCUAAAAGAAGAUUAUUGUGACAGUAUUGAUCAGGAUAUGGAUUACAGUAGUAGGAAACACCACCUGACAUCUGAUCUUUUGACAGAGAGUCGACAGGACGACGAAGGCGUUACAAAAAAUGAUGCUGAGGCCCUAACGAGGUUGGAAAACUUGAAUGCUGAUAUGACUAUGGUUACAGAAUGUGAUAAGUUGCAAUGUGAUGAGGCCAAUGACGAACCACUCAGGCAUCUCGAUGCCACGAAACUGUGCAACGAAAAUGGAUCAAACAGCUGCAAUAGCGAAGAGGAUAAUAGCAGUUACAACACCAGUAACAUGAGAAACAAUGACGAUGGUGAUGAAAGCAGGAGUAGGAACAACGAGGAUGACAGCAUCAAGGGCAGUGACGAUAACAACAACAGCAACAACAACAAUAGGGAGAAAAGUAACAGCCAAAACGGUGAUGAAGAGGAGACCACCACCACCAGCAGCAGCAGCAGCAGCAAUAAUAUCAGAAACAGAGAUCCACUUGAAAGAAAUGACACGAGUUCAAUUCCUGCCCAGAGAAUACGUCGGGAAAUGAGCAAAGAAGAACGACAGAUGCUGAUAGACAAGAUGAUAUCACUACAAAGGAGUACAAUUCAAGCGAACAGACGACACAGCUGGACUGGCAGCUUAAAGAUAGACAACUAUGACAUUGGUACCAACAUAAAAACUCGAAAAUCCUCUAUAGGUUAUGAUUUGCCACCAAAAGUAAAUCUGUACAGUGAAAAUAUCCUUCAAGAAGAAGAGACAACUGACAGUGUUGACCGUGGUUCCAUAGCAGACCUUGGGAACAUCAAACAGAAUUGGGAGAACCGUUUAUCGCAAUCGAGUAAAGAAAGUAUACCCUUUCUGAAGAAGUCAAACAAAGCGGUGAGACAUUGGUCUGUGAAGUUGAACGACCCUUUAGGGAAACCGACUGUCAGCAAGAAGAAUAUUGUGCCAGAUAGUUCUUACCACGACAACCCAAAUAUGAACUCCAAUCUGGAUCCUUCUGAAGAGGGUGAGAGUGCAAUUGAACGUGAGAUACGGCUGGCAUUGGAGCGUGAAGAAUCUCUGAAGCGAGAACAGGAACUUCGUCUCCUUCGACUUGAGAGGGAGAGGGAGACUUCACAGGAGAAUGACUAUGAGAACCAACGCAAUGAUUGCUUGACAGAACAUUUCCAACCAACAUAUCUUGAAAUGACAGAAGCUGACCGAGCUCAUGAAAUUACGAAACGAGAAAAUGACCUCCAGUUAGAACCAGAACUGCCAAAGAAUUAUAAUAGUUUUAGUCCUAUUGCUAUUACUAGAAAUUAUAACAACAGCUAUGAAGGCCAAAUGUUUGUAAGUGCGACUGAAAAAAGUGAAAAACUGACCCCAAUGGAAUACGGAGAAACUGUGGUCCAGACAGAAAUACGUUUGCAGAAAGAAAAAGAAAAACGUUUUGCCAGAAGAUCCAGCAACUACAACGACAACAACAAAACUGACAGCAAUGACAACAACAACAACAACAACAACCACACAGCUAAGACUGAUUCCACUAACUUUGACUCUGUAGACAGUUCCACCUCGAGCUCUGACAAACCUGUGAAUGAACCACCAAAAGAAAAACUUGGUUCUCCUUUACGAAUCCCUCCUACGAGCAAAAUCGCUCAAGAACUCCAAGAAAUCAGACAACGGGAGGCGGAACUGAAACGCAUGCGACAAAAUUUGAUUGAAAGGAAAAUGGCAAAUGAAGAACCAACAGAGAAUGUUGUCAAUGAGUGUACAGUGGAAGACAAAGUUACUGAGGCUUCAUCAGUGUCAUGUGAAAGUGAUAAGGUCAAUGGUAAUGUUGAGAGCAGCACAGAAGAAGCAGCAGCAGCAGCAGCAGCAGCAGCAGCAGCAGCAGCAACAGUAAAUCCAUUUGAGACACCAAUUGAAAGAGAAAUCCGUCUGGCACAGGAACGAGAAAUGCAGUUCAAACUUGAUAAGGGAGUCCCUGUUGAGAAAAAGCCAUCUGUUGCGGUGAGCAUAGAUAAAAAGAGCCAGGUAUCAGUGAAACCAAAAUUUUCAUUGAAGAACAACACUGAAAAAGGCGUCACAAUGAAGAAAAUUGCUUCAAGCCGUCUUCAGGAGGAAAUAAAGAAGGAGGUCAAACGAGAAGUGAGUUUGCGAGACAGUGGGAGAAUAAGCACAACUUCAGUGGAGCGAAUGGGGGAACAGAAAAAAUACAGAGAGGUAUCCCCCGUCACUCCCAAACGAAACUUCACAACUGUUAGAAAGUCAUCUGUAGCUUCAGUAGAAAGUGUCCCAGGAGAUGCAGAUUGUGUUGAUGGUCCCAGCACAGUAGCAACAUCGGUGGAGCCACAAAAAUCUACUGGCCCUAAUUUUAAAAUUCAGAAGCCAAAGGUGUCAACUACAUUUUCAUACCGAGAAGUUAAGAGCAAUGCCGGCAGCCUUAUUGAACAGGAAUUACGAGAAAUGAAAGAAAGGGAAGAUGAAUUAAAAAAUCGGCACAAAAGUUCCAUUCCACAAGUUUCUACCACCAUCACUGAACAUAAUGAUGAAGAAGAAUAAAUGAGGACAUUGAAUGUUUCAAGAGGAAUGAUGAAACUCUAUGAUCUGCUGUGGAACAUUGGUUCACAGAAACGGAGAGUCAAGGAAAGACACAUACUUCACUUAUGUAGACUGCAUAUUCACUUAUAUACACCUACACAUGUACAUCCUAUAUGUCUAGCAAGAAUCUGGCCAUGUUGUAAAGAAGAUGAACACACACACACACACACACACACACACACACACACAUACAGUAUAUGUGCAUAUAUGUACAGAGUAUUCUUAAGUUCCUUUACCAUUAAUAAACCAGCUAAGAACUGAGGUGAGUUGAGUUUAAUAAAACAUUUGUCUCCCAUCCUCUCUACCCCCUUACUUCCCUUCACCACAGCCUUCAACCAACUCCCUAAUGCAUUCAUUUGCACACCUGACCCCAGACCCCGGUGACUGCUGUGUCUCAGGAAUACCAGAAUAGCUGGCCUACUCCCCUGCACUUCAUGUUGCUAGCUGUACAGACCACUCCUACGUUUGUAUUAGGUUUGCUUACACAGUUACACAGAAUUAGCUUUAUAUUUUGUUGCUUUUAAAUACGGAAUAUUCUCCCAUUUUUUUUAUGAUAACAUUUUUCUGAAAUAUAUGAUAUGAAAUAUAUGAUAUGAAAUAUAUGAUAUGAAACAAAGAUAUUUCCAAUAUAUAGAUAUUCUAUAAUAGUAAAAAAAAUAAUUCAAAAGAUCACUACACACGUUUCAAUAGCAUGGUUUACUCCAAAAUAUAAAGUCUGUAACAUUACAUAUUAGUUAACUUCCUGUGAAUUUGUAUAAAAACACCAUUUCAUCAGGUUAUGUUGUACCGAAGAUGUUGGCAUUAUACGAGUAUGAAUUUCAAAGGAUAUUCAUAAGAAAAUUGCAAAGAUAAUAUCAAAAAUCUAGAAUAACAAAAUUCUAAGACAAAUUACACGUCAUUUAAAUUCUUCAGGUCCUUCUGAAUCACUCUUCAUAUGUGUAACACACACACACAAUAUAUAUAUAUAAAGAAGUUAGCAAAUUGUUAAUCAGAAGACUCCACACUUUUUUUUUUUCUGCACAUCAAAGGCAUAGGAAGAAUGUCUUCAGCCACAGCCGAGCAUUACAAGAUUCAAAUUACUUCAGUUCUUCUAAUUCACACAACAUUAUGCAUAUCAACACACUCCUACACAUGCGCAUGCAUGUAUGUGUAUGUGUGUGCCACAUACACACACAGAAAGACAGCUAAUAGUAAGAAUGGGGAGGAACUUUGCAGGGAUUCUCUCUGCUGCUGCUGCUGCUGCUGGGUGAUGAUAAUUACAAUCAUGAUGAUGAUGGUGAUGUAAUGUGACACUGAAACCGACCUAGGUAUUUGGUGGAACUAUUUCUUCAUAUUUCUGAAUCUCAGCUCAACACAACUGUAAGGGGUCGGUUUGUUGCAAGGCAUUCCAAAUAACCAGUGCCAUUUGCCUCCAACCUACCCUACUACCCUUCCACCUCUAUCCUACCACCUGUAUUAUGGGUAAAUCUUCCUGCCAAUGUGAUAGAAAAAUAGUUUUAAAAGUGCUUUCGUGAAUGGAACUGAUGCUAAAGAAAUUUGUAAUUAUGUUUAUGCUUUCUAACAGACAUAUGUGAGUGUGUGUGUGUGUGUGUGUGUGUCUCCAUUGCUGAUGGUGGUAGUGACGAUGAUGAUGAAGCACAACAUAUACAAUGCUGUACUCUGUACUCUAAUAUAAACCAUUUAGUCAAUGGUGUAUAGUGUACUUUGAUGGCAAAAUAUAUAUACUAGGCUUGUAUGUGAUGCUGUAGUAUUAUACGAUACAUAGUACUGUACUGUACUCUGAUGUAAGUCUUAUUGGUUUUGGUGGCCAAAGCAAAAACAGAACAUGGCAAUAGUUUUAUUGGAUUCAAAGUAAGAAUGGUGAUUUUUCCCUUUCAUCAUUCUGGAAUUAAUGAAAUAACUUCCAGUCACCUUCUAGGGACCAAUUUACUCUGUCAUCCCCUUUCUUUUUAAGCUUGUACCUUCGUGAUGGUAUCAUCACCAUCAUCAUCACCAUCAUCAUCACCAUCAUCAUCACCAUCAUCACCAUCAUCAUCAUGCACUUAAGUGACCCAGUUUUGUUCCUGUUUUUAACAAUUAUGGUCAAAGCAGAAAUGUCACCAACAUAAUCUUCUUUAUAUAAAUCUAAAAUUUCUGCUUUGCCAAAAACUAAAUAUAUAUUCUUCUAAUAUCAUCUACUAUUAGAAUUAAAAACAAUAUGCCCAAUAUUAUGAUUAUUAUUAUUAUCAUUAUUAUUAUUAUUAUUAUUAUUAUUAUUAUUAUUAUUAUUAUUAUUAUUAUUAUUAUUUACAUUGUUGUUGCCUUGUUUUAUAUGAGCCGUUCCAAGUUCUUGCCCAGACCUGAAAUAAUUACAAGUUGGACUUUUUACUAUUGGUGUUAUUUAUGAUUAGCAACGAUAUAUUCUUGGAAGGUGACAAGCUAGCAGAACGGUUAACACAAUGCUUUGUGGCGUUUCAUCCACCUUUACAUUCUGAGUUCAAAUCCUACCAAGGUGGACUUUGCCUUUCAUCCUUUUGGGUCAAUAAAAUAAUUACCAGUUGAGCACUGGAGUCUGCGUAAAUGACUUAGCUCUGCUCUGAAAUUGCUGGCCUUGUGCCAAACCUGGAAGCCAUUAUUACAUUCUAUUAUUUCAAAGAAUUCGUGUUUCAUCCAAUUUGAUUAUACUUCCUAUCAAACCACAGCUCAUGGUCUGGAUGAGGAGUAUCUUGUACCAAAAGAGAUUCAUCUGCUCUUCCUAUCUGUUCUUACAAUGUACUCAAGACCUUUUCCAUAAUUCUUGAUGAAUCUAGUAGACAUGCUUUCUCCACUACACUUAUUUCCAGCUUGAGAUAAAAGUUUUCAAGAUUUGGUCCUUAGAUUUUUUACUCCUUAUUGUAAUCCUUUCUUGUUUUGUGUUUUUGUAAAGCACUAAAAGAAGCGUCUUUCCUUCAAACUUUUAUUUCCUCUUUUCCACAUUUUUGCAUUUUCUCUUUUUCUGUUCUGCACAUUCUGUAAAUAGUCCUGGAAUAGUCGUGCAGGUGGGGAAGGGAUAUCUAUUAAAUUAACUGGGUGCCUCUCCCAGAAUAUCUAGCUUUGUGCUCCUCCAUCAUUUGAGAGCUGGAAAACCUGCUUUGUAGUAUUUGUUUCAGCUCAUUCUUUGUUCAAAUCCUGUGGAGGUCAAUUUUGCUGCUCAUUCCUCUGGGAGGGUCAAUAGAAUCAAAUUACAAGGUUCAUGGACCCAGCUGAUCCCACCCCUCAAUGUUGCUGGUUUUGUGCCUAAAUCAGAAAAUCUUUAUCAUCAUCAUCAUCAUCAUCAUCAUCAUCAUCAUCAUCAUCAUCAUCAUCAUCACCAUCAAGGCAGAAAGCUGGCAGAAUUAUUAUCAUUUGUCUUUACGUUCUGGUUUCAAAUUCUGCAGAGGUCAACUUAGCCUUUCACCUUUCCAAGAUUCAUACAAUAAGUACCAGUCAAAUACUGGGGUCAAUGUAACUGAGUUAACCUUUCCUCCAAAACUACUGGCUUUGUACCAAAAUUUGAAACCAUUAUUAUCAUCAUCAUCAUCAUCAUCAUCAAUCAUCAUCAGGGCUGUGGAUUGCCAGAAUCGGUAGAGCAUCAGAGCAAAUACUUUGCAGUAUUUCCUGUAGCUCAGUUUGAGUUCAAACCCCACUAAUGUCACAUUUGCCUUUCAUUAACUUUUGGGGCCAAUAGAAUAAAGUACCAGUUAAAUACUGGAGUUGGUGGUAUUUACUAAACCCCUCCCCUAAAAAAUUGCUAACCUUGUGCCUUAGAAAUUAUUAUUAUUAUUGGAAGUUACCAUUCUUUAGAAGUAGAAAGAAUAACUGAUUUCAGCUCUGGCCUGGAAAUAUUCCACAUUAUUUAACAUUACAACUGCUCCUGGGAAAGGCAUGAACUUCACAAUACAUAUUUCUCCACUUUUAGUAGAAGAAUAUGUCACAAGUCACACUAUGUCACAUGUCACACCAUGUCACACCAUUAGUGGUUUAAAGAAUCAAUAUGAAAAAAUUUUAAUUGUACAAAAUUUUUUAUUGUUUUUAUUAUUUUAGCUGGCAGAAUCGUUAGCUGGCAGAAUCGUUAGCUGACAGAACCAUUAGCUGGCAGAAUCGUUAGCUGGCAGGAAUCGUUUGCUGACAGAAUCGUUAGCUGGCAGAAUCGUUAGCACGCCGAACAAAAUACUUAGUGGCAUUUUUUCUCGGGUUAUGUUCUGAGUUCAAAUUCUGCUGUGAUUGACUUUACCUUUCAUCCUUUUGGAGUCGAUAAAAUAAGUACCUGUUGAGAACAGGGGUCAGUGUAAAUGACUAGCCCUAUCCCAACAAAUUUUAGGAGCAUUAUUAUUAUUAUUAUUAUUAUUAUUAUUAUUAUUAUUAUUAUUAUUAUUAUUAUUGUUGUUAUGAAGGGGGUGAGUUGGCAGAAUCGUUAAGAUGCUGGAUGAAAUGCUUAGCAGUAUUUCACCUGUUGCUAUGUUCUGAGUUCAAUUUCUGCCAAGGUCGACUUUGCCUUUCAUCCUUUCAGGGUUCAUAAAUUAAGUACCAGUGAAAUUCUGGGGUCGAUGUAAUCAACUAGUCCCCUCCCGCAAAAUUUCAGUCCUUCUGCCAUUAAUAGAAAGGAUUAUUAUUAUUAUUAUCAUUAUUAUUAGUAUUAUUGUUAUUGUUGUUGUUGUUGUUGAAAGCAGUCAAUGGCAUAUACAGAAGAACACCAGGCAGAAUGCCUGGUAUCUAGUUUCGUCCCCUUACGUUUUUAGUUCAGAUUCUACUGAGGUACACUUUUACUUUUUGGUCUUCUAAGGUUGAUAAAAUAAGUACCAGUCAUACACUGGGGGACGAUUAAAUCAUCCGUGUUCUUUACACAUACACAAAUAUCUGUGGCCUUAUGCAUAUAUUAGAAAUUAUUAUUAUUAUUUAAGGCAUCAAGCUGCCAGAGUCGUUAGCACGCCGGGUGAAAUGCUUAGCGGUAUUUCGUCUGCUGCUAGGUUCUGAGUUCAAAUUCUGCUGGGGUCAACUUUGCCUUUCAUCCUUUUGGAGGUCAAUGAAAUAAAAGUACCAGACAAGACCGAUCUAAUCAACUAACUCAACUAACUCAACUAAUCCCUCCCCAACUACUGGUCUUCGGCCAAAAUUUGAAACACUCCAUUAUUAUUAUUAUUAUUAUUGUUGUUGUUGUUGUUGUCGUCAUCGUCAUCAUCAUUAUUGAUAAUAAUAUAAAGAAAUAAAUAACUGCUAUCACUGCAACAACUAUUCUUAUUACUACUACUACUAGUACUACUACUACUACUACUGCUACUACUACUACUACUACUAUAGACAAUUGUAGUUAUCUACUGAAAAUUGUAAAAUAUUAAUAAAAAUAUUUAAUAAGGUG